AUGCGCCUGUUUGUUGAAAACUCAAGAGGCAAACAAACUAGACCUGAGAAACGAGAAGGCAAUUCGCUUGCUCAAGCCAAGGAAGUCUUUGGAGAAGUACCGGACUAUGAAUCCUUCGUGGACACGCAAAUCAUGCUUCGCCCCGUGAUUCCGACCGGCGGCAGCCAGCUCACUGAUCCUCGGGUGGAGCCUCGAGAGCCUGCCGCCAGCGCAAGCGAUCGAGGCACAAACAAAAGGGACCUAGAACGACACGUGGUACCGCCUGAACAGUUGGCAUCACCUCGACCAAAGGUGCCAGCCGAACCGAGUGCAAAGGAGGAAGAAUCACAAGAAGUUCACCAAUAUGAAUUUGGGUGGUGUGAAGAGAGCUUACGCAUGUGGCGAAAGCAAAUCUUAGGUCCAAAGAAAAGGGGCCCCAUUGAAUUCUCCAAAGUUCCAACCGUAGACGACUCUGCGGACGGUGACGCGCCCGUCGUGUGUGUCUUUGGGGAUGGUCAGAAGGCUGAAGUUUCGCAUCUCACCAUGGAAGACUUGGCCAUCAAGUUGGGCAAGAAGAGCAAACUGGCCUCGACCGUUGUGCCACCGGCUGGCGAACCGAGUGAGCAGCCAGCUUGGGAACUUGAUCCAAUUUCCAAGGACCCACGGAUGAAGAGAAUGAUGAAAGAAGAAGUUGCUGAGGGUGAGCGGGGUUCUUUGAAGAUUCAGCUCAAGCCUCAAAAGGGUAGAUCGGCUAUAGUUUCAAUGCUCUUCAAGGGCCUAGAAGACAAGAAGUUCUCCCAAAAGAGUCAAGUCGUCGUAAAGCCACCAACUAUUUUGGCAGUCGAUGCUAUGGUCAUUGUGAAAUUCUUGUCUUGCAAAUUUAUGGAUGGGGAGAUUGAUCUGGAGGCAAUGAAGGCCGCGAAAUAUGACCUGUUAGAGGCACACCAGCAGGGAAAGCUCCUAGACCGCUUGAAGUCUGAGCUAGACCCAAACAACCCAUCCAACCAAGAGUUCUUGGGUAUUGUAGAACUGCGGCAAACUUUGACUUUGGACACUUCGGGUGGACAACAUGAUGGUCGAGCGGAUGGGAAGCCUACACCUGGGACAGGGUCCCCAAAGCCAGCUGCGCCUGUUGAGCCGAAUGAGGAGCCGAGUCCACUAGAGUUAGAUGUGCCAGAUUUGAAACCAUCCUUGGAAAGAGCGAUCCAGCAGUAUGCGAACUACAUGGGUGUAGACCCCAGCACUGUCACCGAGAAAGUUUUGGAGGAAACGGAGGAGGGGGUGGAGGGCUGGGCUACUUAUGGCCAGGAUGCACGGGCACGUGGCCCCAUGGGAAACGCCAUGUACCGUCAGAUGAAAAAACCAUCUGGCGCAGCUGCUGCUGAGACAUACAAGUGGUUGUCUGAAGACUUGAAGAAAAAGUUCAGGCAGACGUGGGCUAUGAAACGCAGUUGGGAUUUCAUCGACAAAAAGAGGAUCCGAAGCGUUGAAAGCAAAACCAAACAAGAAGUGGGCACAUGGAAGAACCAAUUGCAGUUGGAAGUUCAUUUUGGUGGAGCCGGGCUACCAGAAGCCGUUCGCCAAGCAAAUAAUUACAUCAUCAACUGCAAGACCUUUGAGGAUGUCUUCGUCCGGUUCAACACGUGGACUGAUGCUGAGAACUACCUGCUCGUGGAAAAGCUUGUGUCGAAGAUCGAGGUGGAAGCCUUCAAGGAGGUCGCUGAGAUGGUGGACGGCUCAGGGACUUUCCAAACGGAAAGCUUUCGCAUGAAGGCCAUGAGGAAGUUUGCGGUCUACCACAACUUGCAGCUCGAGGAAGUGAACUACGAUGAUGUCGCCAACAGCCCACAAGGACUUCGAGGUUGGGGUGAGAUGAACAUUGCGGUUCCGGGCAUUGCUGGCGAGGGCGGAGGCCAUGCAAGUCCUGUCGAGCCUGCGCCAACUCUCCCGCCUGUGGAUCCUGAAGGCGGCGAAGCUGGCGGUUUGACCAUUCCAAACAAACAGCAGCCUAAGGGCCGCGGAAAGGGGGGACCAAGGAAGAGAGGUGCCGACAAUAAGGACGCACCGGCCCCAAAGAGGAAGGUCAAGAAGGAGCUGACAGCUGAGCAAUCUGCUGAAGCCAGCUCCAAACAAAUCCUUACCCAUCUCCAGUGGAGCCAGCAAAUUAUGCAGAAGGUAGCUGGAGAUGGCGAUGACAUUCCUUCGGAAUACCGUUGGGCAAAGUCGUUCUUGGAAGACUACCGUGAUUGUCUCUCUAGGUUCAAGGAUGCUGUGGCUCCAUGUGGGGAUGGAGGGGAUGACUUGAUCGAGUUUGUGGAUGAGUUGAAGCUCUGCGUCAUCAGCAAGGGUGGGAUGAAGACUUUGAAAAAGGGGUAUGGUGAUCGCUAUGUCUCUAUGCUGUCCCUCUUUGUUGACCGGUGCCAGAAGAUUGCUGCUGAGAUGGAUUCCAUUUCGAACAAGGUUCACAAGAUGUCCCAGGUCUUGGUGGGUGCUCCAAAGCCUGCUAAGCGGGCCAGGAAGAGUUGA